AUGUCCGCUUGCCAGCAGGAGUUGCAGUCCGAUCCAGGGACUUCUUUUCUAAGAGCAGCCAGAGCAGGCCAACUGGAUAAAGUACUGCAACUGCUAGAAUCGGGAGUUGGCAUAAACACCUCAAAUGCGUCCGAUCCAGGGACUUCUUUUCUAAGAGCAGCCAGAGCAGGCCAACUGGAUAAAGUACUGCAGCUGCUAGAAUCGGGAGUUGGCAUAAACACCUCAAAUGCGAAUGGUCUGAACGCGCUGCAUCUAGCAGCCAAAGAUGGCCACAUUGAAAUCGUCACAGAACUGCUGAAGAGAGGGUGCACAGUCGACGCUGCCACUAAGAAAGGGAAUACUGCUCUGCAUAUUGCUGCCUUGGCGGGACAGGAAGAGGUGGCCAGGAUCCUGGUUGAAGAGGGCGCCGGUGUGAAUGUGCAGUCGCUGAAUGGCUUCACGCCGCUCUACAUGGCCGCGCAGGAGAAUCACGACGGAGUCGUCAAGUUUCUGUUGUCAAAGGGCGCCAAUCAAGGCCUCGCCACUGAGGAUGGAUUUACACCGUUGGCAGUAGCCAUGCAGCAGGGGCAUGACAAAGUGGUGGCGGUUCUGCUCGAAAAUGAUUCGAGGGGAAAAGUGCGGCUGCCUGCCCUCCACAUCGCUGCCAAAAAGGACGAUUGCAAAGCCGCUGCUCUACUCUUGCAGAAUGAACAUAACCCAGAUGUGACAUCGAAGAGUGGCUUCACACCUCUGCACAUAGCUGCCCACUACGGCAACCAGAACAUAGCCAAUCUCCUGCACCAGAAAGGUGCUGAUGUCAACUAUGCUGCCAAGCACAACAUUUCACCGUUGCACGUGGCGUCGAAGUGGGGCAAACUGUCGAUGGUGCAGCUGCUGCUGGAGAAGGGGGCCAACAUAGAGGCCAAGACCAGGGACGGCCUCACGCCCCUCCACUGCGCCGCGCGGUCCGGUCACGACCAGGUCGUCGACCUACUCGUCGAGAACAAGGCGCCGCUCUGCUCCAAGACCAAGCACAACAUUUCGCCGCUGCACGUGGCGUCGAAGUGGGGCAAACUGUCGAUGGUGCAGCUGCUGCUAGAGAAGGGGGCCAACAUAGAGGCCAAGACCAGGGACGGCCUCACGCCCCUCCACUGCGCCGCGCGGUCCGGUCACGACCAGGUCGUCGACCUACUCGUCGAGAACAAGGCGCCGCUCUGCUCCAAGACCAAGAACGGGCUGUCUCCACUGCACAUGGCGUCACAGGGCGACCACGUGGACGCAGCUCGCAUCCUGCUCUACCACGGCGCACCGGUCGACGAGGUGACGGUCGACUACCUCACAGCCCUCCACGUGGCCGCCCACUGCGGGCAUGCACGCGUCGCCAAGAUGCUACUCGACCGCAGCGCAGACCCCAAUGCGCGUGCGCUCAACGGAUUCACCCCCCUCCACAUCGCCUGCAAAAAGAACCGCAUCAAGGUCGUCGAGUUGCUACUGAAGUAUGGCGCCUCCAUCGAGGCUACCACUGAGAACGGGCUGUCUCCACUGCACAUGGCGUCACAGGGCGACCACGUGGACGCAGCUCGCAUCCUGCUCUACCACGGCGCACCGGUCGACGAGGUGACGGUCGACUACCUCACAGCCCUCCACGUGGCCGCCCACUGCGGGCAUGCGCGCGUCGCCAAGAUGCUGCUCGACCGCAGCGCAGACCCCAAUGCGCGUGCGCUCAACGGAUUCACCCCCCUCCACAUCGCCUGCAAAAAGAACCGCAUCAAGGUCGUCGAGUUGCUACUGAAGUAUGGCGCCUCCAUCGAGGCUACCACUGAGUCGGGCCUGACACCACUGCACGUUGCCAGCUUCAUGGGCUGUAUGAACAUCGCGAUCUACCUGCUGCAGCACGAGGCGGGUGCCGACGUGGCAACAGUGCGCGGCGAGACCCCCCUCCACCUGGCUGCGCGCGCAAACCAAACGGACAUUGUGCGCAUCCUUCUGCGCAAUGGAGCCAGCGUCGAUGCGCGCGCACGCGAACACCAGACCCCGCUGCAUGUCGCCAGUCGGUUGGGCAACGCAGACAUCUGCAUGCUAUUGCUGCAGCAUGGCGCUCAAGUCGAUGCCACCACCAACGAUCUGUACACGCCGCUGCAUAUCACUGCCAAGGAGGGACAGGAUGAGUCGGGCCUGACACCACUGCACGUUGCCAGCUUCAUGGGUUGCAUGAACAUCGCGAUCUACCUGCUGCAGCACGAGGCGGGUGCCGACGUGGCAACAGUGCGCGGCGAGACCCCCCUCCACCUGGCUGCGCGCGCAAACCAAACGGACAUUGUGCGCAUCCUUCUGCGCAACGGAGCCAGCGUCGAUGCGCGCGCACGUGAACACCAGACCCCGCUGCAUGUCGCCAGUCGGUUGGGCAACGCAGACAUCUGCAUGCUAUUGCUGCAGCAUGGCGCUCAAGUCGAUGCCACCACCAACGAUCUGUACACGCCGCUGCAUAUCACUGCCAAGGAGGGACAGGAUGAGGUGGCUGCAUUACUGAUUGAGAACGGAGCAUGUCUGGCGGGAACCACCAAGAAGGGCUUCACUCCACUCCACCUGGCGGCCAAAUAUGGAAACAUCAAAGUUGCACGACUGCUCCUUCAGCGCGAUGCUCCCGUUGAUGCACAAGGAAAGAACGGUGUAACCCCAUUGCACGUGGCUUCACACUAUGACAACCAGAACGUGGCUUUGCUUCUACUCGACAAAGGUGCUUCGCCCCAUGCUACCGCCAAAAAUGGACACACUCCGCUACACAUAGCCGCUAGGAAAAAUCAGAUGGAAAUAGCGACGACGCUGCUGGAGUAUGGAGCACAUGCCAAUGCCGAGUCGAAGGCUGGCUUCAGUCCUCUGCACCUGAGCGCACAGGAGGGCCACACCGACAUGACGUCACUGCUCAUCGAACACCAGGCCGAUGUCAACCAUCAGUCAAAGAACGGACUGACGCCGCUGCACUUGUGUGCCCAAGAAGACAAAGUGAACGUCGCGUCGAUUCUCGUCAAGAAUGGUGCCAAAGUUGACUCCACAACAAAAGCGGGCUACACACCGUUGCACGUGGCGUGCCACUUUGGCCAGCUGAACAUGGUGCGCUUUCUGCUGAGUCAGGGUGCCAAUGUGCAGGCGGCCACCAGUCUUGGUUACACUCCCCUCCACCAGGCGGCGCAGCAGGGCCAUUCGCUCAUCAUCACCCUGCUGCUCGAGCACCAUGCCAACCCCAACGCUCAAACCAAUAACGGCCAAACAGCUCUGAACAUAGCGAACAAACUCGGCUACAUAACCGUCAUCGAAACGCUGAAAGUGGUGACUGAGACGACCACGAUAACGACCAUCACCUCCACCACCACCACCACCACCACAAUCGAGGAGAAGUACAGAGUGGUGGCUCCCGAGGCCAUGCAGGAGACCUUCAUGUCCGACUCGGAGGAUGACGGAGGCUCUUUUUCCUGUAAAAUAGUCGACUACAAUGCGAUCCACUUUGAGCUGUCAGCAUUCGUUACAAAUGUCAUCAAUGCUUCUCAUUCUGACAGUUUGAAGUGA